UGUAGCCCUUGUAGCAUGGCUGACCAACUGACCGAAAAGCAGAUUGCAGAGUUCAAAGAAGCUUUCUCAUUAUUUGACAAGGACAGGGAUGGGACAAUAACAACGAAGGAAUUGGGGAUAGUGAUGAGGUCCCUGGGACAGAAUCCCACAGAAGUAGAGCUGCAGGACAUGGUCAAGGAAGUAGAUUUGGAUAGUAAUGGCACAGUUGACUUCCCCGAAUUUCUGACAAUGAUGGCAAGAAAACUGAAAGACACAGACAGUGAAGAAGAAAUUAGAGAAGCAUUCCGUGUGUUCUAUAAGGAUAGCAAUGGGUAUAUUAGUAUAGCAGAUCUCCACCACGUGAUGGCAAACCUUGGAGAGAAGUUAACAGAUGAAGAGGUUGAUGAAAUGGUCAGGGAAGCAGACAUUGAUGGGGACGGUCAGGUAAACUAUGAAGAGUUUGUACAAAUGAUGACAGCGAAGUGAAGACACUGUAUAGAAUGUGUUAAAUUUCUUGUACAAAAUUGCUUAUUUGCCUUUUCUUUGUUAGUAACUUAUCUGUAAAAGGUUUCCCC